UUACACAGCCUGAUUCACCAACACAACAUGUCCCGCCUUUUUGAACAGACGGGAAUUACAGUGUUUGCCCCUUACAGUACAGCUUUCCUGUAUUAUGAUGAAAUGCAUUAUGGAUAUAAUAUGGCUGACCCGGAUAUGGCAGAGAGUUUUCUUUCGUUUCAUAUUGCGCAAGGAAUCAUAUAUGAAAGUGACAUAAUAGACAAUAGAGCAACCGAUUCCACUCAUACGUCAAACUCUAAACUUCAUUUUAAUACGUUUACAGACGGGAAUGAUCUCGUAAAAUCGGUAAAUGGUGCUGUUCUCAUCAACAUGGAUCUUGUCGCUUCAAACGGAGUGCUUCAUAUUAUUGAUAAAGUUAUUGCCCCUAUUGCAAGCAAUAAAACACUGCACGAUUAUAUGCUUAAGCCGGAAAUGCCAAAUCUAUCGUUUGUUUCAGUGACCAGGGCCUCUAUUGUUGACAUGAGCCUGAAGAACAGAACUCGCAAUAACAACUAUCAGUUCACAGCCUUCGCUCCAAAUGACUCUGUCUUGUUCCCCAUGCCUGCCUAUGGACAGGAUGUCUUAUUUGAUGACGCUUCCCUUUUGAAAUCGGUAAUACAGGCCCAUAUGAUCCCGGACUUUAUACAGUUUCUGCCAAGUAGAGGAACCGUCCUGCCCAGGAUAGCUACUGCAGGUGCUGUCAAGUAUGAACGAAGAAAUGGAGAACUCUACGUGAUGAAUAAUAAAGUUCGAGCCCGAGUCGUGGAAGCCAACAUCCCUGUCUCAAAUGGUGUGAUACACGUCAUAGACAAUCUUCUUUAUUUUGUCUAUAUGAACAUCAUACAAAAAUUGAAAGAAAUGGCGGAAACAAAGAAGGCUAUUGGAUUAUACCUUGAUAAACUUCCCGUAUCUACACAGUCAUUGCUGACAAAUACAGAUGUCAAAUUUACUGUUUUUGCACCGACGGACGAAGCUUUUGCGAAAAUUCCCAUCUUGAACCAGGAAGAAUUGUCAAAUGAUGUGUCAUUAUUAUCGGAGGUUUUGGAAACUCAUAUUAUCCCAGAUGUAGAGAUAGUUGGUUACAACAUUCCUCGGUAUGACGUGCUUACGUCAUUAAGCAACAGAACCAUCCGGGUACUUCAGAUACAUGACGAGGUGUUUGUAGAAGCCGGAGGAGUACAGUCUAAAGUUGAGAUGACAGAUAUUAAGUGUACGAACGGUAUUAUUCAUCUGAUCACCAAUGUCCUUCUCAUUCGGAACUUCUCUAUAUGGGAGGCUAUUUCGGGAAUUGCUCAACUUCAAUACGCUUCUAAGGAGAUUUCAAAGGAUCAGCCUUUACACUCAAUAUUGUCUGGAACAGAGGAAGGUUACGGAAAACUCACAAUGUUCAUCCCAGGUGACGCAGGCAUAUUCAAAAUCCCCGAGAGAACACGUGACUACUUAAAUAGCGACCCUACUAUUGUAAUAAAUGCUUUACGAAGUCAUCUGUUUCGGGGAGAGCUUCCAUCUUAUGACGUCACGUCGAUGACUGUCAAAAAAACCAUUGGUGGAAAAGACAUUGAGGUACAGAAUCAUAAAGGUUUCGUCGUGACGGGCAGUCACAUCUUCGCCAAGGUGGUAGUCAAGGAUAUCUGGUGUUCUAAUGGGGUUAUACAUAUCAUUGACGACCUACUUCAUGUGCCUACUCGUAACAUCCUGGAACAGAUGUCACGAUAUACCGAUUUGGAGUUUCAGUCCUCUUUCUACUCCAUGCCUAAAAUGUCCAAUCUGGAGUCCAAGUUACGGACUGAGGAUGUCUUCUUCACUGUGUUUGUGCCUGUUGAUGACGCCUUUGAUGCUGUUCCGAGAUCUCGAGCAGACAAAAUGCUGCAGGAUGAAUCAUAUAUGGAGAAGAUACUUAAAGCUCACGUGGUUCCAAACAUGAGUCUGUAUGCUGAGGAUUUCAAUGACGGAGAUCUUCUUUUGGCAGAAGAGGAGUUCAUUCAUAUCAUCAGAGAGGGGAAGGAUGAUGUUGUAAUUAUCAAUAAUAACGUGAAAGCGAAGAUACUUAAGAGCAACAUCCGGGCCACUAAUGGGAAGUUGCACGUGAUCGAUCGCCUGCUGUAUUUCCCCUACCUGACAGUGGCGGAAACCAUGGUGAACGAUCCACGUUUCAGUGCAUUCUACGAUCUAAUGUCCAUUUUAGUGGAGUUCCAGUUAAUGGCUGCUAACGACAACCAACAGAUGACAGUAUUCGUUCCCAGCGCCACCUUUCUGGCCUCGAUAUCGCAUAACGAGUCCAGCGCUAUUUUCACUACUCACGAAAACUUAAGACAGAUAUUUAAUGGUCACGUGAUCCCUGACGCCAGAUUAGACAGUAUGUACUUGAGGCAGAAUUUUGUUAACGAGUACGUGUUCACGGGAAACAAUACAACGUUUAGAUUUGAGGACAAAAACGAAGGUGUAACAAUCAGUGCGGGCUACAGUAACUUGUACCAAAAAUUAGAUAUAGUCCGGGAUGGCGUGGCUUGUAGUAAUGGUAUUUUAUAUACAAUAGACGGAUUCCUUAGUUGGUCACUCCUAAAUCUCAGACAAGAACUUGAUUCAGACGCAACACUCAACGACACAGCACGACGUUUUAUGGACUUUCUACCCGAAGACGUUGAAGACAUGUUCGAAGACGAAGGGCAGAUUUAUACCCUGUUUUUACCCGAGAUGGCGUCAUUUCGAGAUAUCAAGAGUGAUUUUCAUCCCAACGAUACCGACAAAGAAGGAGUAUUCAGACGUCACGUGGUCAAUGGCAGUGCCAUCACAUUGGCUGAUUUCAUAAAAGUUGGAAAUUCAAGUGACAACGACACUGGAAAUGCUAACAACAUUGUUCGUGGCGAAGAUGGUUUCCUGUACUGGAAUGGAAUUGAAGCAAAGAUAAUUAAAUCUGAUAUAUUAGCAAAGAAUGGAAUCAUUCAUGUCGUAGAUAAAAUGUUACUGUUGAUUCCGAAACAGGAAAUAUCGACCCGGAAGGGAGCAUUAGAACCCGGAGUCGGAGUUGUGAUAAAAUCAGACAUUUUAUUAUUAUUAGUGACCUGCAGUAUUAGUUUAUAUAUAAUGUGUGUGAUGCGGUGAUUAAUAAUUAACAAUUAUAAAAAAAAUAGUGAGAGGUAUGUAUACAAAUAUGGCAGCAAAUUGAAACGAAUCUCUUGAUUCAAUGGUGGGCACUCCAUAAGGGCCAUAUUCAAUUGUGGACAGUCCAUGACGACUAUACUCCACGGUGGACAGUCCGUGACGACUAUACUCCACGGUGGACAGUCCAUGACGACUAUACUCCACGGUGGACAGUCCGUGACGACUAUACUCCACGGUGGACAGUCCGUGGCGACUAUUCUCCACGGUGGACAGUCCGUGACGACUAUACUCCACGCUGGACAGUCCAUGACGACUAUACUCCACGGUGGACAGUCCGUGACGACUAUACUCCUCGCUGGACAGUCCGUGACGACAAUACUCCACGGUGGACAGUCCGUGGCGACUAUACUCCACGCUGGACAGUCCGUGACGACUAUACUCCACGGUGGACAGUCCGUGGCGACUAUACUCCACGGUGGACAGUCCG